CCCGGCCCCGCCGCGCGCAUGGGGGCCGCCGCCGCCGCGCUCGGCCCCACAUAACGGGCGCUGCGUGCCCCGCCGCGCCGCGCCAUGCCGGUCGAGCCCCCCCGACCCGCGCCGCCGCCGCCGGCCCCGCGCGCCGCCGCCCGCCGCCGCAAGCGGCUCGCCGAGGGCAGGGCCGUGGGCCAGAAGGCCCCGCUGUGGCUCCGGGCCCGGUUUCAAAUGCUGCUCUUCGCCUUGGGCUGCCGGAUCCAGCGGCACUGCGGGAAGGUGCUCUUCGUGGGGCUGCUGGUGUUCGGGGCACUGGCCGUGGGGCUCCGGGUGGCCUCCAUCGAGACCGACAUAGAGCACCUCUGGGUGGAAGCAGGCAGCCGCGUCAGCCAGGAGCUCCGUUACACAAAGGAGAAGCUGGGUGAGGAGUCCGUCUACACAUCCCAAAUGUUGAUCCAGACCCCGAAGCGGGAAGGCGAGAACAUCCUGACGCAGGAGGCCCUGCAGCUCCACCUCGAGGCUGCUCUGGCUGCCAGCAAAGUGCAAGUCUCGCUGUACGGAAAAUCAUGGGAUUUGAACAAGAUCUGCUACAAGUCGGGUGUCCCCAUUAUCGAGAACGGCAUGAUUGAGAGGAUGAUUGAGAAGCUAUUCCCCUGCGUGAUCCUGACACCACUGGACUGCUUCUGGGAAGGGUCCAAGCUGCAGGGAGGAUCAGCCUAUCUCCCAGGCCGCCCAGAUAUCCAGUGGAGCAACCUAGACCCUUUGCAGUUGAUGGAGGAGCUGGGGCAGUUCACGUCCCUGGAAGGCUUCAAAGAGCUGCUGGACAAGGCGGAGGUAGGGCAGGCUUACAUGGAGCGGCCCUGCCUCGACCCUCGAGACCCCCAGUGCCCCUCUAGCGCCCCCAACAAGCAGAGCCAGCAGAGCCCUGACAUCCCAGCUGAGCUCUCCGGGGGCUGUCACGGCUUCUCCAGGAAGUUCAUGCGCUGGCAGGAGGAGCUGAUUUUAGGUGGCACAACAAAAGACUCCCAGGGCAAGCUACUAAGCGCUGAGGCCCUGCAGACCAUGUUCCUCCUCAUGAGCCCCCGGCAACUAUUUGAGCACUUCAAGGACGACUAUGAGAUCCAUGACAUCAGCUGGAGUGAGGAGAAGGCAGGUGCCAUCCUGGAGGCCUGGCAGAGGGAAUUUGUUGAGCUGGCGCAGGACUCCAUCCCGCCUAACGCCACGCAGAAUGUCCAUGCUUUCUCCACCACCACGCUCAAUGACAUCAUGAAAUCCUUCUCCGAUGUCAGCGCCAUCCGGGUGGCCGGAGGCUACCUCCUCAUGCUGGCUUAUGCCUGUGUCACCAUGCUGCGAUGGGACUGUUCCAAGUCCCAAGGGGCUGUGGGCCUGGCUGGGGUCCUGCUUGUGGCUCUCUCCGUGGCCUCAGGCCUGGGUCUUUGCUCUCUGCUCGGCAUCUCCUUCAAUGCAGCCACCACGCAGGUCCUGCCCUUCCUGGCCCUUGGCAUUGGUGUGGAUGACAUGUUCCUCUUGGCUCACGCCUUCACCGAGACCAGCCAGCACAUCCCCUUCAAGGAGCGGACAGGCGAGUGCCUCAAGCGCACGGGGACCAGCGUGGCUCUCACCUCUGUCAGCAACAUGAUUGCCUUCUUCAUGGCAGCCCUGGUGCCCAUCCCUGCCCUGCGUGCCUUCUCCCUCCAGGCUGCGGUGGUUGUGGUGUUCAACUUUGCUAUGGUGCUGUUCAUCUUCCCUGCCAUCCUGAGCCUGGACCUGCACCGCCGGGAGAAACGCCGGCUCGACAUCCUCUGCUGCUUCUACAGCCCUUGCUCCUCACGGGUCAUCCAGAUCCAACCCCAGGAGUUUGCAGAUGCCAACGACAACCAUGCCUCCCACCCAUCCCCCUAUGGGCACCCUGGCAUGGCCACCAGCACCCAGAUCACCACCACUGUGCAGGCCUUCACCCAGUGCGACUCCUCGGGCCACCACAUUGUCACCGUCCUACCGCCCACCUCGCAGGUGUGCACUUCGCCGGCGGUGCUCCUGCCUCCCGCUGACCCACUGGGCUCACAGGUCUUCACACCGUCCAGCUCCACACGGGACCUGCUGGCCCAGCUGGACGAGGCCAAGGGUGGGCGGGAGUGCGUGCCCCUGCCCUUCUGCCGCUGGAGCCUCUCCGACUUCGCCCGGGAGAAGUACGCCCCACUCCUGCUGCAAACCCAGACCAAGGCUGUGGUGGUGGUGCUAUUUCUGGCACUUCUGGGCCUGAGCCUCUACGGCACCACCAUGGUGCAUGACGGGCUGUACCUGACGGACAUUGUGCCACGGGACACCAAGGCUCAUGCCUUCAUCUCGGCCCAGUUCAAGUACUUCUCCUUCUACAAUAUGUUCAUCGUCACCAAGGGUGGCUUUCACUACCCUGGGGCCCAGGCUGCUCUGCUCAGCCUGCACCAGGCCUUCAGCACCGUCAAGUACGUGGUACGUGAGGGCAACCAUGACCUGCCCAAGAUGUGGCUCCACUACUUCCAGGACUGGCUGCGAGGGCUCCAGGCCACCUUCGACAGGGACUGGCAAGCUGGACGCAUCACCCAUGACAGCUAUCGCAACGGCUCCGAGGAUGGCGUGCUGGCAUACAAGCUCCUAAUCCAGACUGGCAACAAGAAAGAGCCCUUCAACUUCAACCAGCUGACCACACGGCGGCUGGUGGAUGAAAAUGGCAUCAUCCCCCCUGACACCUUCUACAUCUGCCUGACGGUGUGGGCCAGCAACGACCCCCUGGGCUUUGCUGCCUCCCAGGCCAACUUCUACCCUCCUCCACCUGAGUGGAUCCACGACAAGUACGACACCACGGGCGAGAACCUGCGAAUCCCGGCAGCCCAGCCACUGGAGUUCGCCCAGUUCCCCUUCUACCUGAGCGGGCUGCGUCGCACGGCUGACUUUGUGGAGGCAAUUGAGAGCGUGCGGGCCAUCUGCCGGGAGGCCGCCCAGCGCCACGGGGUGCUGAGCUACCCCAGCGGAUACCCCUUCCUCUUCUGGGAGCAGUACAUCGGCCUGCGGCACUGGUUCCUGCUGGCCAUCAGCAUCCUGCUGGCCUGCACCUUCCUCGUCUGUGCCCUGCUGCUGCUCAACCCCUGGACAGCUGGCAUCAUCGUCUCCAUCCUGGCCAUGAUGGCAGUGGAACUGUUUGGCAUCAUGGGGCUGAUGGGCAUCAAGCUGAGCGCCAUCCCUGUGGUCAUUCUCAUCGCCUCAGUGGGCAUCGGUGUGGAGUUCACCGUCCACGUGGCCCUGGGCUUCCUGACAGCCGUGGGGAGCAGGAACGUGCGUUCAGCCGCGGCGCUGGAGCACACCUUCGCCCCUGUGAUGGAUGGUGCCGUCUCCACUCUCCUGGGCGUCCUCAUGUUGGCUGGCUCUGAGUUUGACUUCAUCAUGAGGUACUUCUUUGCGGUGCUCACCAUCCUGACGCUGCUGGGGCUGCUCAAUGGGCUGGUGCUGCUGCCUGUCCUGCUCUCUGUCAUCGGGCCUCCCCCUGAGGCAUUCCCCAUGGAUAGCAGCCCCUGCCUGCCCCCACCGGAGCCGGUGCCCCCCUGCCUCAGCCCCCGGGGGCUGUACAUCCGGCGUACCCCAGCCUGGCCCGCUGCCUUCGCCGACGCCUCGGACACGGAGCUGGGUGGCCCUCGGGUGCCCUGCGAUCGUGGCACCUUCGUCAUGCCCCCCGCCCCGGCACACAUCCUGCUGGAGGCCGGCAAGGACCCCAGCUUCCCCCGCAUCACCGUGCUGAAGCCCUACAAGGACAGUCCGGAGGUAUCAGGGAAGAAGGAGCCGCCCGGCCCGCAGCAAGCGCCCUCGCUGCCCUUCGGGGAGCCAAGCCCCGAGCUGCCCAGAGACUACUCGCACCCGGCAGUGCCCCAGCCGGGGCAGCCCUGCUCGCCAGGCACCCGGCCUGCCCCGCACAGAGCUCCCCAGCCCCCACGGGCCGCCCUGCCCACCUACAGUGCCCACGUGCAGGGCCCAGCCGGCAGCUACGCCACCGUCACGGCCACCGCUUCGGUGACAGUGGCCCUGCACCCCACGCUGCCCGGCUCCUACCCCAGCUUUGGCCCUGAGGGCUUCGCCGGUGGUGAGACGGACUGCCUGGAAGAGUCCGGUGUGCCCGCUCCUCGGGGCACCGCUGUGCCCAAUGCCUUCGAGCUGCAGAGCCUGGGGCGCCAUGGGGCAGGCGCGAGGCACUAGGUUGCUGGCUUGCAGAUGGCACCAACACGCUGACUCGUGGGCAGAGCAUCUCCCCAGCGCCAGCAGGGCACGGGCCUGGGGCCAGAGGGUGCAGAGCAGGGUCACUCGUGUCGUGCUGCUAAUCACCGGAGUGGCGAUGUCCCAAUCUUGGCCCCGUGCCGUUGAGCCAAGGAGGACCGGCACCCGUGUCCCCUCCGGAGGGGCUCGCCACGGCAGCGGGGCAGGCUGGCGUUUCUAUGCAAGCUGUGUGCAGGCCAUGCUGUGCCCCCUGCCUGGGGCUGUGCUGAUGGCACCGCGUCUCCCCCCAGGGCUUGGGGUUCCCCUGCCCCAGGCCUGUUGCCCCCCAGAAAUGGAAGCACUAACCCCCCCCCCCCCUCUGUUUCUGGAGCUGCUGGCAAAGGCAGGCUCUGUGCCCAGCCCUCUGCCGUGCCAACUCCUCCAUCGCAGGGGUCACUGCCUGCUCCCCGUCACCUCCUCGGGGACCCCAACCCAUCCCAUGUGCUGGGGUGCCCAGACGGGGAGCCCCAGUGCCCCCAUUCCCAAAAGGGGGCAGCCCCAGAGCCAGCCGUGCCCUGGGGUGCCAUGGACAAGGCCUGGGGCGGGCACCCUCCCACCUUUAUUUAUUGCAAAGGGAAACUAUCUAUAGAGAGAUAUAUAUUUUUAAGCUUAUUUUAAAAGAUUUAUUUCUCAGCCCGAGGCCUCGCGGGGCUGCCCAGGUGCCAGGCAGCGAGGGGGCAAGCCCUCCGCUGGUGCAGGCCUGCCCGCUGGAGGCAGCGCGGGCCAGCAGCGAGAGCCCGGGGCAGGGAUGCUGGCGGCCGUGGGCACGUCCCUCCCCUCUGAUGCCCUACCCCGUGCUUUGGUUUCCCCUUCGGUGAGCAUGGCAGGGCCGGAGGUGGGGGACGCACCGUGGAGCGAGGGAGCCUGUCGCUCCCACUGAACAGGCAGGUUUGGGGAGGUCCUUGGUGUGCUCCUUGCUGUGCCAAGCCCCAGUGCUGUCCCACGGUCACAGGGUGCAGUCGCGUGUGCCGUGCCCUCCUGACUGCCCGUGCCGGUGCACAUGCUGGCACGCCGUCACGCUGGCGCGUGCCUUUGCAAUGGGCAGAUCUAGCUGGAAAAGCCCAUUUCUGUGUCCCCGUGCAACACGGCUGUCCUCCCUCCCAACCCCCCCGCUACAGGCAGAGCCAGGCGCUGUCCCCGUCUCCAUCCCCGUCCCAGGCACCGUCCCGCGCUGUUACCCAGCACUUUAACUCCAGCAGUGUUUGCAGCGCCCGUGGCCCCGGCCACCCAGGCCCCUGGCCACGGCUGCUGAGCUGGGGUGGCCCCGGGGACCCUGUCCCCGUGCUAGGCGUGGGCACGGCGGGCAGCCCCCCCCCCCCACACACACACGCCAUCUAAGUUAUUUAUAUCAAAGAGAGCAAAGGUUUAUUUUUGUAGUUUGUACAGGCGGUAGUGGGGACUGAAGGUUUAUUUUUAAAGAGUAAAUAUAUAUAUUAUAUAUAAAUUA